GUGGUGUCAUUCAACGUAGAAGCCAUUCGCAUUGGAGGCGCCAUUGAAGCGACAUGAGCGGACUUCCUCAGGAUCCGCUUGGCGAGAGCGAUCGCGAUAGAGGCCAAUGGAGUCAAGCGCAAGCAAGGUCACAGUCAUCCAGUAGCCAUCGGGUGCAGCAGCAACCGCAGCAGCAGCAACCGCAGCAGCAGCAGCAGCAGUAUCAGCCGCAGCAGGGCAAUGGGAGUCGCGCGGGACUUGGCCACCCUUCCGCUGCUCCGGGUCGCGCUUCCGCUACUUCCAGCGCCGUGGUGAUGGACACGAGCCAUGGGAGUGCUUUCGGCGCUGGGUCGGGUGGCAACAACAGCCGCGCAGUACCCUCCGCCGUCACCAGAAUGCCUGUUGGCUGGCUUUUGUAUUUUCCCAACGAAGAUUUCGAGCCGGCACAUCCAUUUAUUCGUCCGUUUGUAGCAUUUCGUCAAUUUUUCAAGAGUCGCCGGUUGCCUCGGGAUCGUAUCGAGGCCCGCAAAGCAAUGACAAUCGAUGCGAACGAGCUUGUCUCGGCUUGUUUGGUUGAUUUGCCAAACCUUGCCACAGACUUGCGCGAGCAACCGUCACUCACUCUGGCCACCCUCAGUCUCGCCCUCUACGAGGUCAUGUACGGCGAGGUGGACCAGGACGUGCACCUUCACGCUGUUGGCAAUCGAGUCUUUGCGCGUGUUGUGAAUGUCGAGCCCGUCUCGGCAAUUCGAUCCCUUCUCAAGUCCAACGCCGUUGGGCGAUUGGUAUCCCUCCGAGGAACGGUCGUGCGAGUUGGAAACAUCAAACCCCAGGUCGUGCGUCUGGCCUUCACCUGCAGCAAGUGCGACGGCACCACGGUCAUUGCACUCGCGGAUGGGCGCUACGCCGUUCCGUCACGUUGCACAACACCGCAGUGUCGCGGUAGUUCAUUUGUCCCCCGGCGCAGUGAUCCAGACACGAUCAUGGUGGACUGGCAAACUAUUCGAGUGCAAGAAAUUCUCGAUGAUGGUGACCGCGAGGCCGGUCGGAUUCCUCCGACGAUCGAAUGCGAACUGAGCUCCGAUUUGGUGGAUGCGUGCGUUCCAGGAGACGUUGUGACCGUGGUCGGCGAAGUCAAAAUGACCAGCGUGGAUACCGGGCGCGGCAAGCGGCAGUUCAUGUUCUCGCGCUAUGUCGAGGCCAACUCGGUGUGUAGCACCAAGAAUAACAAUGGCGCGCUCGACCUACUCGAGUUCUCGUUGAAAGAACUGUACGCCAUUCAGCAAAUCCAAGCUCAUGAGCACUUGUUUCAUCUUCUCGUGAACUCGCUCAGCCCGGGCAUCUAUGGUCAUGAACUCGUCAAAGCCGGCCUGCUCUUGUCACUGUUCGGUGGAUGUCAACGAUUCACGAAUGAUCGCAAUCGCAUCCCAGUACGAGGAGAUCCACACAUUCUCGUUGUGGGUGAUCCAGGUCUGGGCAAGAGUCAAAUGCUUCAAGCAGUGAACGCCAUUGUGCCUCGAGGGGUGUACGUCUGCGGAAAUACCACCACAACAUCCGGACUCACUGUCACGUUGUUGCGCGACGGUGCGUCGGGAGACUAUGCUCUGGAAGCUGGCGCGCUUGUGCUGAGCGACCAAGGCUGCUGUUGCAUUGACGAAUUUGACAAAAUGAGCUCAGAGCACCAGGCCUUGCUUGAGGCGAUGGAACAACAGAGCGUCAGCAUUGCCAAGGCUGGCAUCGUUUGCACUCUGCCCGCGCGCGCGUCCAUCAUUGCGGCUGCCAAUCCAGUCGGCGGGCACUACAAUAAGGCAAAGACAGUGGCUGAAAACUUGCGAAUGGGCAGCGCGCUUUUAUCGCGGUUUGACCUGGUAUUUAUUCUGCUGGACAAGCCGGACAUUGAAAUGGACCGACUGCUGUCCGAGCACGUCAUGGCACUGCAUUCAAGCUCAAACGAUGCAGCUCUACGCGCUCGGCAGCUCCAGUUGGCAAGGAAGCUUGCCGUUCCAGGGUUUGUUGCGUCUCCAUCAAACUCGCAACUCGCUGGAAGCCAGCCCACUCAACCGCUCGUUGAGCGGUUGCGAAUCGCCGCUGUGCCAGACUUUGACCCCAUUCCUCCACCUCUGCUGCGCAAGUAUGUUGGAUACGCGCGCAAGUACGUGCACCCGAAACUGACCAAUGAAGCGGCGUCCGUCAUUCAGGAGUUCUACCUCGCUCUGCGGAAGAAGCACCACAGUCUCGACUCGACCCCAAUCACGACGCGACAACUCGAGUCCAUCAUUCGCCUCAGCGAGGCCCGUGCGAGGAUGGAGCUGCGCGAGAUUGUCACGGCGGACGACGCCCGAGACGUCAUUGAGAUUAUGCGAUUCAGCAUGAUUGACACGAAUUCAGACGAGGUCGGGAAUCUCGACUUUGCGCGCUCCCAGAACGGCUCUGGAAUGAGUCGCAAGGCGCAGGGAAAGCGGUUUAUCGCCGAGCUCCGUCGCAUCUCCGAGGAAACGUUCAACACGCUCUUCUCGAUGCAGCAACUUCGCGAGACGGCCAACCUCCUGUGCAUCCGAGUCGAGAGCUUUCCCGAUUUUAUUCAAGCGCUCAACAAUGAGAAUUAUCUGCUCAAGAAGAGCAACGGCAUUUACCAGCUUCAAAUAUGAAGCAGCUUGGUGUUGAGCAUUGGUUGUGAAUUACUGUAGAUCUACUGGACAAGCGUUUUUACUUCCAAAGUUACUCCAUUUGCGAUGCGAUUCGU